ACAAUGGAAAAUAACUCUAAAAGGGAAAGAGAUUUAAAAAAUCCAUUUUCUUUCUAGUGGAAGUUGCAAUACAAUAAAAAGUGUCUUCCCUCCAUCGCCACACCACACCACAAUCUUUUCCUUCUUCAAUCCACGCCGCCAAUAAAACAUGUCACAAGGUGAACAAGGUGAAUCUGGAUCUAAUACUAGCAGUAAACAUUCAUCAUCAUAUGAUGAUGCCAUGGAUGCUUUGUCCUCUCUCAUUACCAAAAAAAAUCGUUCUCAUGUCUCUGUUGUCGAUAAUCGAUUCGACCGGAUGUUCCACUAUCUUCAGAUUUUAGAGCUGAAAGAGCCGAUUUCGCAGAUGAAGAUCAUCCAUGUUGCUGGCACAAAAGGAAAGGGAUCAACGUGUGUGUUCACGGAAGCUAUAUUGCGCAAUUGUGGCUUUCACACUGGCCUCUUUACAUCGCCUCACCUCAUUGAUGUAAGAGAAAGAUUUCGGUUAGAUGGCGAGGACAUCUGCAAAGAGAAGUUUUUGGUAUACUUCUGGUGGUGUUGGGAUAGGCUGAAGGCAAAAUGUAAUGACGAUAUGCCAAUGCCGACCUUAUUCCACUUCCUUGCUUUACUUGCUUUCAAAAUUUUCGCAGCAGAGAAAGUAGAUGUUGCUGUUAUUGAAGUUGGAUUAGGAGGAAAGAUUGAUGCAACCAAUGUGGUUCAGACUCCUAUAGUAUGUGGUAUCACACCACUAGGGUACGAUCAUAUGGAAAUCCUUGGAAAUACUCUUGAAGCAAUUGCAGGGCAGAAGGCUGGCAUCUUUAAGAAAGGUGUUCCCGCAUUUACCGUUUCUCAACCACCCGAAGCCAUGCAGGUACUUGAAGAUAAGGCUUCCCAGUUGGAUGUGCCCCUUCAAGUGGCAAAGCAGUUGGACGGUAAUUUGCUAAAUGGAUUACAUCUCGGGCUUGCAGGCGAGCAUCAAUAUGUAAAUGCAGGGCUUGCCAUUAUGCUAAGCUCCACGUGGCUUCAAAGGACCGGUCAUCUUGAAUUCGAUUCCAUGGGUCAAACUAGCUCUUUGUCAGAGCCAUUCAUUAAAGGGUUAACAACAGCAAAUUUACAAGGACGAGCCCAGAUCGUUCCUGACCAGUUGUCUGAUAUUCAAAGUCCAGGAGAUCUGGUCUUUUACUUGGAUGGAGCACAUAGUCCUGAAAGCAUGGAAGUUUGUGCAAAUUGGUAUUCCCUUGCGGUUAAAGAAGAUCAGAAGUUACAUAAUUCCAGAGUUUCAGAUGAACUUACACAUAAUAGCACUAGUAAUAACUCCAAAAAGCAUUCUACACAGAUAUUGUUGUUUAAUUGCAUGUCAGUGAGAGACCCACAAUUGCUCUUUCCACGGCUGCUGGACACAUGUGCUAAUCAUGGUAUAAACUUCAAAAAGGCAUUAUUUGUACCAAACAUGUCACUAUAUACCAAAGUUGGAUCUAGCUCCCUGCCACCAACCAAUUCUCAAGUUGACCUGUCAUGGCAACUAACACUUCAAAGAGCAUGGGAGAACAUUAUCUGCCGUACAAGAGGAAAUUCUAAAAAUGAUGACCUUGUUUUCAAGGAGGACAGAGAUAAUGUAGGGAUGAGCGCUAUAAGUUGCAAAAACAGUAUGGUUUUCUCAUCCCUCCCGUUGGCUAUGAAAUGGUUAAGAGAUACUGUCAAACAAAAUGAGUAUUUUCGGCUGCAGGUGUUGGUGACUGGUUCUUUACAUUUGGUGGGAGAUGUCAUAAAACUAGUGAAGAAAUAAGUUGACAAAUGGUUCUAUCUAUAGAAAGAUUCAAGAUUCAUAGUUUACGAAGGCACGAACAAAGACCAGUUCAAAUAUUAAAUUGACAUACAAAAGAUCAUGUAUUAAUUGUAAUCUCUGUUUCCAGUCAUAAUAAUGUUACUGUGUAUUCUAGUUACAGUAUUGGUCCUAGAUUUGUUACCAGAAAUUUAUUCUGUCUCAAAAGUAUUUUUACCUUGAUGAUAUAGAACUGUGAAAUACAUUAGAGAAA